CACUCAUCCCUUCUGCAUUCACUCACUUAACUACCAAAGUCUACCAUGGGUUUCCUCGACGUCUUCUCUUCUUCCCAGGACUCAUACAACGAGUUCCAAAGCUCGGAUGCACCUCACGAGGCUAGCUUGAGCCACGAACUCCUUGGUGGUGCCGUCGCCUUCGAAGCUGCAAAGGCUUACGAAGAUCAUUGUGCCAGGAAUGGCAAGCCUCAAAGCCAUGCUUUGGCUAAGGAACUCAUGGCUGGUUUCGCCGGGGCUGCCGUUGACCGCUUGGUCGAGACGAAGGGUGCUGAUGCCUGGUCUAGGCACCAGAGGGACAGAGCACAUGCUCACGCUCAGGAGCAGAUCACCGAGACGUUCACCGAAGAUGUUUACCAGAGCAACUACUAGUGCUGGCGAAUGAGUUAUACCACGUGUCAAAUAACUUGUACUUGAUACAACAACCUGUAUAGCCAUGCAAGGCAUCUCAAUUUCAUGGACGAACCAUUUCAUAUACACAAUGCGACUUGGAAUAUAUAUAGCUUGCACAAAGACCACCUGAUCCAUACUCUAAAUGGCGAACCAAGCUAUGC